GUUCUCACACAUCAACCACAAGCCUUUUCUAGGAGCCAUUCACGACUCAUUGUCCCUUCUUUUUCUAUAAAUAAGUGCUUAUUUUAUACACAUUCUCAGUAUCACUUUCACUUUCACUUUCACAACAAACAAUGAACUCCCUUCGUGCUGUAGCAAUAGCUUUGUGCUGUAUUGUGGUUGUGCUUGGAGGGUUACCCUUCUCUUCAAAUGCACAACUUGAUCCAUCCUUUUACAGGAACACUUGUCCAAAUGUUAGUUCCAUUGUUCGUGAAGUCAUAAGAAGUGUUUCUAAGAAAGAUCCUCGUAUGCUUGGUAGUCUUGUCAGGCUUCACUUUCAUGACUGUUUUGUUCAAGGUUGUGAUGCAUCAGUUUUACUGAACAAAACUGAUACCGUUGUGAGUGAACAAGAUGCUUUUCCAAACAGAAACUCAUUAAGAGGUUUAGAUGUUGUGAAUCAAAUCAAAACAGCUGUGGAAAAGGCUUGUCCUAACACAGUUUCUUGCGCUGAUAUUCUUGCCCUUUCUGCUGAAUUAUCAUCUACACUGGCAGAUGGUCCUGACUGGAAAGUUCCUUUAGGAAGAAGAGAUGGUUUAACAGCAAACCAAUUACUUGCUAAUAAAAAUCUUCCAGCUCCUUUCAAUACUACUGAUCAACUUAAAGCUGCAUUUGCUGCUCAAGGUCUCGAUACUACUGAUCUGGUUGCACUCUCGGGUGCUCAUACAUUUGGAAGAGCUCAUUGCUCUUUAUUUGUUAGCCGAUUGUACAACUUCAACGGUACAGGAAGUCCGGAUCCAACUCUUAACACAACUUACUUACAACAAUUGCGCACAAUAUGUCCCAAUGGUGGACCUGGCACGAACCUUACCAAUUUCGAUCCAACGACUCCUGAUAAAUUUGACAAGAACUAUUACUCUAAUCUUCAAGUGAAAAAGGGUUUGCUCCAAAGUGAUCAAGAGUUGUUCUCAACAUCUGGUUCAGAUACCAUUAGCAUUGUCAACAAAUUUGCAACCGAUCAAAAAGCUUUUUUUGAGAGCUUUAAGGCUGCUAUGAUCAAAAUGGGAAAUAUUGGUGUGUUAACUGGGAAACAAGGAGAGAUUAGAAAACAAUGCAACUUUGUUAAUUCAAAAUCAGUAGAACUAGGUUUAGUCAAUGUGGCUUCCACAGAUUCAUCAGAUGAGGGUAUGGUUAGCUCAAUGUAAUUGUAGUGAUUGGAAGCAACUAAUAAAUUAAUAAGCUAUAACUAGGCACAUUCAUGGUAUGUGUGAGAUAGUUGUUAGAUGCUUUGUGAGCUAAAAUCGUUUGUAUUUCAUUUGAAGUGUUUCUUUGAGUUGUGAGUUGAUAAUGAUCAUUUUCUGUUUCUUAUUUCGGA